AGUCAGCUUAAGUCAUAGGAUCCCAGCAAAAUAAACAUAGUAUCAUUUGCUCUUGGUCUUGAACAGAGGUUCACCCAGGAUGUGUUUACACAAGGAGGAGAAAAACCGGCUGUAUAAAGGAGAGCUGGAAUGGAACUAAAAACAGCGCAUCUGUUACCUUUCUGGUUGUGGCUGGAUAGCUUCACUGGAGGCACUGCAGGAUUAGGAACAUGAUGCUAGCCCCUGGCCCACAGCGCAAGCUAGUGGAAACCUGGCAGACAAAGGAGAGGCCUGGAAGCCCACAAAACCUCAAGAAAUUAAACAACCAGGACUUCAACCACCUGAGAAGCUACUGCCUGAGCAAAGGGCAGCUAUUUGAAGAUGGCACCUUUCCAGCACAUAUCAGUUCCAUUGGCCCCCAACUGCUCCCUGAGGACAAACUGCACAGAAUAGAGUGGAGGAGACCAAUUGAGAUGCAGCACAAUCCCCGUUUAAUCGUGGAUGAUGUUAGCAGAUUUGAUAUUGCUCAAGGAGAUAUAGGUGACUGCUGGGUUCUGGCUGCCCUGGGGUCUUUGACAUUGCAGAAGCACUUUCUGGACAAUGUUCUGCCAAACGAUCAAGGAUUCCAACACAACUAUGCUGGGAUUUUCCACUUCCGGUUCUGGCAUUUUGGAGACUGGGUGGAUGUGGUGAUAGAUGACAAGCUGCCUUUCCUGAACGGGAACUACCUGUUUCUCCACCCUCAGACGAGAAAUGAAUUCUGGCCCUCCCUCCUAGAAAAAGCAUAUGCCAAGUUACGAGGCUCCUAUCAGAACUUGCACUGGGGUUACAUUUCAGAAGCUUUAGUGGACUUCACAGGGGGAGUCCAACUGCAGCUUGAUUUGAAGGCCCCCAUUUUUAAGCUGGAGGAGGUACUGAAAGCAGCUGACAAAUCAUGUUGCCUGAUGGGCUGUACCACACCUGGAAGGCAAUCAUCUGGAAACAUAGAAUUGAAUAAUGGACUUGUGCAAGGCCAUGCCUACACUGUGACGGGGGCCAGAAAGAUACCCUACAAGAAUGGCUCAGAACACAUAAUCAGACUGUGGAAUCCUUGGGGUCAUGGGGAAUGGAAAGGACCAUGGAGCGAUGGUUCUGCCAACUGGAAUCAAGUUCCAACUGAGCAAAGGAGAGCUCUCUGUGAAGAGAAGGACGAUGGGGAGUUUUGGAUGUCAUGUCAAGAUUUUAGAAACCAAUUUUCCAAGGUGUGUGUUUGCAAUAGUACACCAACAUUUCUGGACUUUGGGGAUCAGCACAAUACAGCAUGGUUCGUGGAUACAUAUGCAAAUAAGUGGGUUCGAGGACACACCGCAGGUGGAAGCAAGCCUCAGAAUGCAGAAGCAUUUUCAAGGAAUCCUCAGUACUUCAUCAAGGUGGUGGAUGCUGAUCAGAAAAAGAAUAAUGUUGUGGUGUCACUGAUGCAGAAACCUCCCAACAAUGCACAAGAUACACCAAAACUGGCCAUUGGCUUUUUCAUCUUCUGGGUAAGCAGUACCAGCCAUUAUGGGCAGCAAGUCUGGCAUUUUAGGUGUGGUUUGGUUUUGCCUCUAGUUGAACCCCAGUACAAAAUUGCCACUGGCAACAAUUUCCUUCAGUUCCAGGGCCUGCUGGAUCGAUUGCCAGCUGCAUUUUUCUCUCAAUAUAAAUUUAUACCUUCGAAGAAACAUUUCACCCCAGACCGAGACAUCACCAGUUACUUUACCUUGAGCCAGGGCACCUAUGUAAUUAUUCCAGCUACGUCAGAAGAAGGCCAGGAGUCUGAAUUCCUCCUACGAAUCUUCCUGCGGAGUCAAGAUUACAGCAAAUACCCGACCACCAGGCUCAGCCCCAUAUUGCUAAAGGAUGUAUCCAAACAGAACCAAGACAACAACUAUGAAAACAUCUUUCUAAGAUAUGCUAAGCAGGGUUCAGAGAUCAAUGCCUCACAGCUGCAAAGACUUCUCAAUGAAGUGUUCCUGCAAGAUCAAACGGCCAGCCUAGGAGAAGGAUUCAGCCUUGAUUCAUGCAGAGGCAUUUUAGCUCUGAUGGAUCUCAGUUCGAAUGGAAGACUCACCAUGCAAGAGUUCAAGAACCUUUGGAAAUAUCUUGCUAAGUAUAAGGACUUUUUCAACAGAAAAGCUGGAAGUCUUUUGGGACUCCUUGAUGCUUCAGACUUGAGGAGUGCAAUGCAUGCAGUAGAUGUGGCUGCUACUGAGCAGCUCCUCCACCUCAUGGCUCUGAGAUAUGGCAACUCCUCUCAGAAAAUCAGCUUCCCUGAUUUUGUGUGUUUCAUGAUCCGGCUUGAAACAAUGGCAAAAGUAUUUUAUAACUUAACUGAGGAUGGAAGAAUUUAUUUCAGUGAAACACAGUGGCUGACUCUUAUCAUGUACUGCUAAGGCAGUGGCACAAUACAGAAUUGUUGGCAGCUUUGGUAUUUCUUGAUGCAUGAAAGGUGCUUGGGUUGCAUCAUAAGAAGGAUGAAGAUGGCUCUCCACAAGCUAAGCAGUGUUGAUGGAUGAACUAGACUUUCUUGGAAUAAAUAGCAUAUGGUUGAUAGUAUUCUGCUUUCUGAACAAGGGAUUCUCCUUCAGUCUAGCCUGACUUGAUGUAGAAGUAAUAGGAAGCCAUUAAUAAAAAAAAGAUGUCCAUGGAAGAAGACAGUAAAACCUGAGGAAGAAGAAAUUUGCUCCCAUUUCAUCCAUAAUUAGGAACAGUGAGAUUGUUAUCUACAAAAUGUUUAAAUCUUCUUAUGACUACAACACGCAGUUCUCCUCAUAAAUUGGUGUAAAUCAGAAGUCACUCUAUUUAUGCCAGCAUAAAUCCAAUGUAAGUAAGACAAGACCCUGCAUUUUAAAAGAUGAUUUUUAAUGUAAUAAAAAUAAACAAAGUAUAGUUUU